GUGCUAGAGUGGGUCGCAGUGAUUGUCGGUUGUCGUCGUCGUCCCUCUUCGCUCCCUCCUCCUCUAGACACCCCAUCCCUCUCUCUCUACUUCUACAUCAACAACUCCGUUUCCUUCUUCCUCCUCUUCCUUUCGCGUCAGCUCUUCCUUUCCAUUUUCUCUUCAGCCUCGAAUUCCUACAUAUUGCCGCUCGUUCUUGAGUCGCCCCACGCUCGUUAGCUUGGCCUUGUCUAAACCCCCUUUUGCAUCUCACUCGCUCAAGCUCACGGACCCACCCUACACCGACUUCGGCCGUCCGAUUUCCUUUUCGCAAUACCAAGAGUCUUGGAACACCGAAGAUAAACCAAUCGAGAGACACCCGGCAGCACGCCCAGAUAUCCAAGAGACGCAAAGAUGAAGUUUGCCCUCGCUACCGUGGCUGUGGCCGCUACAUUGGUCUCCCUCGUGGCCGCCGAUCUUGAUCCUAUCGUAACCAAGGGAAACAAAUUCUUCUACAAAACCAAUGGAACCCAAUUCUACAUGAAGGGUGUUGCUUAUCAGCAAGAGAGCACCGAUUCCACCAAGUUCUAUAAAGACCCCCUCGCCGAUGAUGCCGCUUGCAAGCGUGAUGUCCCUUUGUUGAAGGAGCUGGGAACCAACACCAUCCGUGUGUAUGCUGUCGACCCGACUGCGGACCACACUGCGUGCAUGAAAUUGCUGCAGGAUGCGGGCAUCUACGUCGUCAGCGAUCUUUCGGAGCCCCAGACGUCCAUCAACCGUGACUCUCCUCAGUGGGACGACACUGUCUACGCUCGCUACACCGCCGUGAUUGACUCCCUCCAGAGCUACAGCAACGUUCUCGGUUUCUUCGCCGGAAAUGAGGUCUCCAACCAGGCCAACAACACUGCUGCUUCCGCUUAUGUCAAGGCUGCCGUUCGCGACAUGAAGUCGUACAUCAAGCAGCAGAAUUACCGUGCCAUUCCCGUUGGAUACGCGACCAACGACGAUGCCGACAUCCGUCUCGACUUGGCCAGGUACUUCAACUGCAACUCUGCGGACGAGGGUGUGGAUUUCUGGGGAUACAACAUCUACUCUUGGUGUGGUGCCAGUACCUUUAAGGAGUCGGGUUACGAUGUCCGUACUGCCGAGUAUGCCAACUACAGUGUUCCCGUCUUCUUCGCCGAGUAUGGAUGCAACCUGGUUCAGCCUCGCAAGUUCACUGAGGUCCAAGCAUUGUACGGUAGUGACAUGACGGAUGUCUGGUCUGGAGGAAUCGUUUACAUGUACAACCAGGAGGCCAACGAUUAUGGACUUGUCGAGAUCACGGACGACAAGGUCUCCAAGCUCACAGACUUCACCAACCUCAAGACGCAGCUCUCCAAGAUCAGCCCCGAGACGCUGCAGAUGGAUGAUUUCACCCCUACCAACACCAAGCUUCAGGAGUGCCCCGCAGAGGGCACCGCCUGGAGAGCCUCCUCUAAGCUUCCUCCCACCCCGAACCAGGAUCUGUGUUCUUGCAUGGUGAAGGGCCUUGGCUGUGUUGCCAAAUCCGAUAUUGCUACCUCGAAGUUCGAGGACCUGUUCUCUUACAUCUGUGGAGGAGGUACCGACUGCACUGGCAUCAACGGAAACGGAACCACCGGCGAGUACGGUGCUUACUCCAUGUGUAACUCCAAGGAGCGUCUCUCCUGGGCUAUGAACGCGUACUACCUCGCCCAGGACAAGGCCUCGACUUCGUGCGAUUUCGAUGGAGAGGGUGAGACGCAGACGGCUGCGACUGCGACCGGAACCUGUGCUACCCUCAUCAAGGAAGCCGGGGGUGUUGAGGGAACUGGAACGGUCACAUCGUUGCCAUCUUCCUCUGGAAGCAGCGGCAGCAGCAGCUCCGGCUCGACUGCGAUGAUGAUUCCUAGUGUUCAGUUCGGAGCGCUCAAGAUUGGCUUUGCCAUGGUAAUGGCUGUAUUUGGCGGUGCUGCUAUGAUCUUGGUAUAGAGUAGUUAAUAAGCUGAGAUGAUGCCGGUGUUCGUUUGAUGGCUUUUUUUCUUUUCGAUUUUUUUUGGGGGCGCGCGCCGCUUUGUAAAUGAUUGCUGGAAGCACAGCUGCAUGGGAGAACAAGUGUACAACAGACUCUGGGUUGCUCGUGUAUUGUCUCGUUUUUUUCUUUCUCUUUCUCUUUGUUACUCCUCGUACAUGCUGUUUGCUUUUGAAUUGUCUAUAGGUAAUAUCAUUCUUAAGUAACCUCUUACUUUGAGCACGAGGGCGACAAUGUUGCUGCGAUAUGUUUGCUCGGACGAAAGGAGGAGGAGCAGGAGGGGAAUGAAUGGAACUCCCGGC